UUUCUUUUAAUUUCUUGCUUAUCUUUUUAAUAAAUCCACUUCCAAGGUCAUACUUUUUCUGUUCUAGGGUUUCUUCUUGCCCAAAUCUUUCCAAAACCAAAUUUGAAUCUACAAAAUCUCGAGUUUUGACUAUCCUUUAGUUCUAGAUUCGUUACCCGGUUCUACGAUUCGGUGAAAAUGUGGUACUCUGACAAGUGUAUUGAUAAGAAACCCUAAUUUGGGUUUGCUCUAUUGCCCUAUUUCUUGAUUAGUGUUUCCAGAAUCAGAUCUUUACUGCAUUAGAGCCGUGCACAAGUUGAGGAUCAAGGGAAAUGGAGGAUGUAUAUAAAGAACUAGAUGACGUUAAAGCAGAGGUCGAGAGGCUUAAGGCUGAAGUCCGGGUUAAGAUGGAACUUUCCGAUGUUCUGAAGAAAGCCAACACUGAGCAGUCGAUCAAGUUUCAAGAAGCUAAGCGGGAGAAUGAGAAACAAGCUCAAGAACUAAAUGUCAAGCUUGACGAAAUUUCUCAAUUAAGGCAGGCUUCUAGAACCCUUCAGUCUUGUUUGCUUGAAAAAGAGUCGUCGCUUAGGCAUUUGACUUGUUUGCAUGAAAAACUUCGAGCUGAUAAUGAGAAGAAAUUGCAGAAAAUGGAAGAGGAAAAUAGAGAGUUAGUAUCCGCCUUAGAUGAAGCUACUGAGAGAAAAAAAGAGUUGGAGCAGAAUUUUGGUGCCAGUACUAAAGAGAUUGAGGGCCUUAAAAGACUCUUAUCGACUACAGAAAGGAAGUGUUUCGAGGCAGAUCAGAAGGCUCGAGAAACCAAAGAACUGAGACAGAGAGAUGACAUCAUAAUGGGGUUAGAGGAGGAAAAUAGAAAUGCUCAAGAUCAGUUGAAAUGGAAGAACGAACAGUUUAUACAUCUUGAAGAAGCACAUAGACGGCUCCAAGCUGAGUUCCAGUCGGGUAAAGAGGAGUGGGAGAGGGACAAAUCAGCACUGUUUGAAGAGAUCUCUUUGUUGCAGACAAGCUUGGAUUCCCAAACGAGAAUUCUUGAAGGUGUUCAAAAACUUUUGGAGAUGUGCAACCAAUCUUUAGCUCAUGAAGAAAGCAGGAGGAAGUUUUUGGAGGUUGAAGUGUCCGAAUUCAAAUCACGUUAUGAGAAUGUGUUUGCCCGGUGUGAAGAAGAAAGGUCAAAGUUUGAUAGCUUGGCUGUUCAAAGGGAUGAAGAGAUUGCUAAGCUAAGAAACUCACUGUCAACAAAAGAAGCACUCUCCAAAGAAACGGAAUUUAGAAUUGUUCACCUUGAGCAAGAGAAUCGGGAAUUGAGAAUCUGUAAAGGAACUGCAGGAAGCUCAAAUCAGAAAUUGUGCCCCAGCUGCUCUAACAAAGCUACGCAACAAGCUUAGGGGCUUGGAGCAGGUACAUAG